UCGGUGUUUUUCCAGCUCUAGCUUGUAGGCUGCUCGAGUUUCUUGUGCGGUAAAUUUCGUCAAGAAUUGGGUUUUAAUUUAAAACGAACUUUUCAGCGGAGCUUUUGGCAAAGGAGUUAUACUAAACAAAUAAAUAUAUAAAUAAAGAACAGCGAGGAACCGCAACGAUGGGCAACAUACACACAACGGGUCCCAAUGAGGCGUUAAUUGUUUCAGGUGGCUGCUGUGGAUCGACCAAGAAGCGUACGAUUGUGGGCGGCUGGGCGUGGGCGUGGUGGCUGGUGACCGACGUGCAGCGGCUGUCCCUCAACGUGAUGACCUUGAAUCCGAUGUGCGAGAAUGUGGAGACCUCGCAGGGCGUUCCGCUGACGGUGACCGGAGUGGCCCAGUGCAAGAUCAUGAAGUCAUCAUCGUAUAAGAAUAGCGAUUAUCAUAACGAUGAGGCUGACGAGCUUCUAGGCACUGCCAGCGAGCAAUUCCUGGGCAAGAGCGUCAAGGAGAUCAAGCAGACGAUCCUGCAGACCCUCGAAGGACACCUGCGUGCUAUACUGGGAACGCUUACAGUCGAAGAGGUGUACAAGGACCGCGACCAAUUCGCUGCCUUGGUGCGCGAGGUCGCCGCACCUGAUGUGGGUCGCAUGGGCAUCGAGAUCCUCUCGUUCACCAUCAAGGAUGUCUACGACGAUGUGCAGUACCUGGCCUCCUUGGGCAAGGCCCAAACGGCCGUGGUCAAGAGGGAUGCCGAUGCCGGCGUGGCGGAGGCCAAUCGAGAUGCCGGAAUUCGGGAGGCCGAGUGCGAGAAGAGCGCCAUGGAUGUGAAGUACUCAACGGACACGAAGAUCGAGGACAACACACGCAUGUACAAGCUGCAGAAGGCCAACUUCGAUCAGGAGAUCAACACGGCCAAGGCCGAGUCGCAGUUGGCCUACGAACUGCAGGCGGCCAAGAUCCGCCAGCGCAUCCGUAACGAGGAGAUCCAGAUCGAGGUCGUCGAGCGGCGCAAGCAGAUCGAGAUCGAGUCGCAGGAGGUGCAGCGCAAGGAUCGCGAGCUCACCGGCACCGUCAAGCUGCCCGCCGAGGCGGAGGCCUUCCGCCUGCAGACCCUCGCCCAGGCCAAACAAUGCCAGACCAUUGAGAGUGCCCGUGCCGAGGCGGAGCGGAUCCGUAAGAUCGGAUCGGCGGAGGCCCAUGCCAUCGAGUUGGUCGGAAAGGCGGAGGCGGAGCGCAUGCGCAUGAAGGCCCACGUGUACAAGCAGUACGGCGAUGCUGCCAUCAUGAACAUCGUUCUCGAAUCGCUGCCGAAGAUUGCCGCCGAGGUGGCUGCACCGCUUGCCAAGACGGAUGAGAUCGUUUUGAUCGGCGGCAACGAUAAUAUCACCAACGAUGUGACCCGCUUGGUGGCCCAACUGCCACCCUCUAUCAACGCAUUAACCGGAGUGGAUCUAUCCAAGGUUCUGUCCAAGAUUCCCGGGGCCAAGGCGUGAAACCUAAUGGAAUGGGAUAUCCAGGAAAUGGCGAUGACAACGUAACGCAGCGCAAAGGAAUUGUAAACGAUUGAAUAUGGAAAGGGAUGGGAAGAUACGAAGUGAAAGAAACGGCAACAGAGUGGCAGAAAAGGACGGAAAUAGUGUGUUAGAGAGGGAACGGGCAUUUGUUAGAGCGAGACAGCAGCGAACCGAACUUGAAGCUCAAAACUUGAGUUUCGAAUUGCAAUCGAACGUAGCAAAAUGUACUCCGAUAUUAUAUUUAUAUAUAUAUAUUUGUAUAUGUAUAUGCACACAUGCAAUACACACAUACACUCGACUCGUCUGUGUGGUGUGGCAGUGUGUGUGUGUGUGUGUGAUGUUUGCCCGCGUAACAAUCAAAAAAGCUACAAAAAAAGAUACCAACGUUAAUCUCAGCUAAAGUUAUGCAUUUCGUACGCAACAUUUUGUGGCCUUUUCUCUCAAAAAACGAAAAACCGAUAACGAUAACAAGAAAUCUACGUGAAAUUUGUAUAACUUUAAAGCGAAAACCAUUUAAGCAGAGUGUGUGUUAGCUAUAUUUAUUUAUACUAUACUAUAUAUACUAUAUACAUGCAGACAUGCUAUACACAAAGAGUUCUUCUAAGUAAUCACAUUCAACUUUAUGACAGUGUUGUUAAGCUAAACAUCAAUUCACAGUGUUGUAAAGAAUUAUAUAUAUAAGUACCAUCUCUCUCUCUCUCUUCCUCCCUCUCUUUCUUAAACAACUUCGAUCUGCUAAAGGAAUUUUCAACUGUCCAAACUACAACUACUGCCUAUCGGCUAAAGCCAAAUCUGUAAGCUAGCUAGCCAAAUGGAAAGAGAGGGAGUGAGUCGACCGAUCGAGUUCCUAAAUAUCAAAUUUAAGGGCCAAACUCACAAACAAAAAUCUUUGUCAGUGCAUAACAACUCCACCAUUUCUAGUGCAAAUAUGUAUGUUUAUUUCGUUUUGGUAUUAGAUAAAAAUAAUUUAGAUGUAAUGUUUGUUUCUCAAAAUUUGUUUAAUAUUUGUCGAAACGUGCCAUUUAAGGUUGCAUUAGAUACUUAGCAUUCUGUUUAAUACGAUUAUUUGUUGUUAUUGUCACUUUCAGUAUAAAUUCGUUUUGUUUUUUGUUCCAUAUCUGUUUGCUAGAAAUACCAAAGCCAAAUUUAUUACAUUUUACUCGAUCGAUUUCUACAUCAUCUGUUGGUUUACUCAUAUAUAGCUUUACAACACUGUUUCCUCUGCAGAUGUCUCUCUUCCAAAACCCACACACACACUAACUAGGCACACACAUAUGCGUUUGAAUUUUUGUAUUCAAUUCAAUGAACGAAGCGAAAUUAAUAUUUAUUUUUGUUAUUAUUCAGUGACUCCUAUAUAAAACUUUCAUAUGGGUAUGUUUUUGCCGCUUAAUAUUUUUUUCAUGUUUAUAUUUUAUAUUACAUAUAACAAAUUUUUUUCUCUAUGAAUAUGCAUUUACAAGAUUUUUGUAUUUUAUUCUUACAAUGUUUAGUUUAUAGCAAAAGAACAGAAAAUAUAUAAAAAAAUGCAAUCAAUUUUGUUAUUAACACUUAACUGGAAUUUAUAUAGUUAAGCAAUUAAUCCAGCCCUUUCGUUUUGAUAGAGUAAUUAACCUUAAUUUUUUAAGCACUUCUCCGAAUCAUACACACACCCAUUAGACACACACACUUACAUCACAUAUAUAUUUUUUUCUAUUGUAUAUUAAGUGCAAGUAAUUCUAAUUGUAAUGCAGUGUGAACAAAAACAACAACCAACCGAAGAACUAAACUAAAAGCUAAACCUAAAUAAAUCAAAUGUAAAAUUUUGUGUAUUUUGUCGUAAAUAAAUAAAUUGAAAAACA